UAGAGUGUUGGAGACGCUUUAUAACUAAUAAUAUGCUGGAACAAAUACUUUGUCAUACUAAUGCUAAGAUAAAACAGAGACAAUUGUCUAACAAUAAACAAUCGCUUCAGUAUUUAUUGAAAGAGACAACUAUAGACGAACUAUUAGCUUUGUAUGGCUUGUUAUACUUAGCCGGACUAAAUCGUUCUAAUCGCCAAAACUUGAGUGACUUGUGGAGAACCGAUGGUACUGGUGUGGAAAUUUUUAGUACUACUAUGUCUUUGCAGCGUUUUUACUUUUUACAAAGCUGUUUGCGUUUUGAUGAUGCAACAACACGCCAAGAGCGGAAGCGACUGGACAAUCUGGCUCCAAUUAGAUCUAUUUUUGACGAGUUUGUCUCAAACUGUAAAAAUACUUAUACUCCCAAUGAGUAUCUUACAAUCGACGAAAAGCUGGAAGCAUUUCGCGGCAGGUGUUCAUUUCGUCAAUAUAUCCCGAAUAAACCUGCGAAAUAUGGCAUUAAAAUUUAUGCUUUGGUUGAUGCAAAAAACUUUUAUACUGUCAACCUUGAAAUUUAUCCCGGUAAGCAGCCUGAUGGGCCAUUUUUGCAAAGCAAUAAAGCUUUCGAUGUUGUAGACAGAUUAGUGCAGCCUAUCUCUAAAAGUAAUAGAAAUAUUACAUUUGACAACUGGUUCACGAACGUUCCAUUGAUAACACAUUUGCAACAAAAUCAUAAACUAACAUCUACAGGUACAUUACGUAAAAACAAAAAAGAAAUCCCACCAAACUUUAUAACCACGCAAAGAAAAGAAGUAUACAGCACUCAGUUUGCAUUCCAAAAAGAUAUGACGCUUAUUUCCUACGUGCCUAAACGGUCUAAAGUGGUGCUGGUAUUGUCUUCCCUUCAUCAUGACCAAAACAUUGAUCCUGCUAGUGGUGAAAAAAGGAAACCAGAGAUAAUCACAUUCUAUAAUUCUACGAAAGCUGGCGUCGAUGUAGUUGAUGAGCUCUGUGCUACCUAUGAUGUAUCUCGAAACUCAAAACGCUGGCCAAUGACAGUAUUUUAUGCGGUCAUGAAUGUAGCUGCAAUAAAUAGUGUGAUUAUUUUUCGUGAAAAUAAUAACUCGAAAACAAACCGACGUGAUUUCCUUAGAAAACUCGGUCUAUCAAUGCUUGAAGGUCAUCUUCGCGUGAGAAAAAAUAUGGAGAACUUACCGAGAGGCUUACGUAAACGUAUUCACGAACAAGUUGGUGAAGUUAUGACCUACCCUCCGAAUAAAAGUUCAAAAACAUACACGAGAUGCAAAGACUGUCCUUCUGCCAAAGACAAAAAAACUAGGCAUAACUGCAAUAAGUGUAACAAGCCUAUUUGUAUGCAACACAUUAUUCCAUUAUGCCAAAGUUGCGUUGAUCUCGAUAUCGAAUAAGUCGGUAUGUUAGUAAUAAAUAAGCUUUGUUAUAUAUAGUUCCUGAUUUCAUGUUUAUGUACUAAAGAAAAUUUUAUGUACUGCUUCUAAAUGUUAAUUAUUUUUUGUUUUUGAAUAUAUUUUUAAGUUACGUUCUAAAAAAAUGAUCUCAGAAUAAGAAGAUCUAAUUUGAUGAUAAUUUGUUCAUUUUAUGAUAAAUAAAUGUUUAAUUUUUAUAAAUAAUGUUUAUAAUUACCUAUUUCCCUAAUAUAGAAAACUGAUAUUGUCAUAAGCUUGAUUCAGUGUACAAUAAUGCACAUGGGUACAACUUACCCGGCCACAACGGCUAAGUUCUGUUUAGUAGCCACAAUGACGCCGGGUUAAAAAUGUAAGAAUAUACUCGUAGAUGUAUGAAAAAAGAGUUGAAUGUUUCAAUAAAUACUCUGUUGUAACCUUUAAAACCGAAUUAUUUUU